UGAGAGAAAAUAUAAUUACUCUCUUUCGUUAAACCGUUAUGAUAUAGCUAUACUGUGGUUAGAAGUGGUUGUUUUCAUAAGAUAGACUUUAUUUUUUUUCAUAGUUAAUGAUCCCACACUGUGAAAACUAUACUUCGGCAAAAAUCUCAUUAAGCUUGCAUGUCCUAUUUGACUUUUAAAUCAGAAAUGAUUAUUAUUACAUUACGACUAUAACAAAUCAACAGCGAAUUYAAAACCAAACGAAAACCAUCUGUAAUGAAAUUACAAGCUCCAAAUUGUAGACGCGUGGGGUUAGUUGGUUAGCUGUGAGAAAGUCGCGUUUUGGAGGUCUUUGCAAUUACAUUUAUUGAAACUAAAAGACGCCUGAGUAAGUAGUAGUAAUCAAGCAAGUCUGAAUUGCAGCUGUGUURGCAAAAAUAAUAUGUGCCAUGAAAAUCCCUAUUCCUUUGAGUAAUUGAGCUUUUUUGUAGUGAUUCACUCAUGGAACUCCUCAGUUUAAAGCUCAUUUUAGUGUCGACCUUGCUCCACRCCACUCGAUCAAGCAACAUCCACUUGGGAAUUCUAAUUCCAGUCAAUGGUUCCUGGAAUGUUGGAAAUGGUAUUCGUCCUAUCAUAGACCGAGCUAUAAGUGCUGUCAACAACUUGGAMUUAUUACAAGGCUAUAACAUCACAUACACAACUCGUAACAGCCAGUGUUCUUCUUACAUCGCGGCGGGGUUGGCAUCUGAAAUGCUUCACUUUAAUCCACCAGUAAAUGCCAUCAUUGGUCCUGGUUGCUCUGAAGGAUGUUUGAGUGCAGGGCUGCUAGCAAACUACUGGAACAAGGUGAUGAUCUCUUACUCAUGUUCCUCGACGGACCUUGAGAACAAAAAAAAAUUCCCUACUUUUGCCCGUACACAAGCAUUCAGUAGAACAUACUCUGMCAUGACACCGAGGGUCUUGAGAAAGAUUAUGGAGCAUUAUAACUGGAAAAGRGCGGCCAUUAUCGCUCCCUAUGGAAACAGUGGUUAUGGAAUAUGGGAACCUAUUGCUAGCGAAGUUAGAGAUCAUUUUGUGCUGAAUAACCUAACAGUGUCAUACUACAAGGCUGAGUUGGUGGCAGGAUACGGUGUAGAUGCUAAUAAAAGAAGGAUGGAUAUACUGGAAGAGAUCAAGAAACAUGCUCGAGUAAUUUUCAUACUGGCGACAAGAUCACAAUUUUCAACCUUUGUYUCCCUGGCAAAAGACCAAGGAAUGCUGAAUGGCAGCUAUGCUUUCAUAACCUUAGAUUUCUAUAUUACAAACUCAAUGCUUAGGAACGAAGAUGUCUUAGACUCYYUGAACGGUAUCAUCUCUCUAACGGUCAAAAGGCCUUCAAUGUCAGAAAGAAAAGAAACAGGAAAAUGGCUGCUGGAACAAGGACUCUUAAAGGAUCCAAACUUUACAGUUUCUCUAGCGGCUGAGAGAACUGCCGCAUACCUCCAUGAUGCCAUUCUACUGUACGCCCACGCUGUCAAUCAAACGCUUCAAGACAACAACGACCUGAAUGACGGCAAAUCUAUAUUCAAACACAUGAUAGCACCUUCGCCUCUGUUCAAAGGAAUGACUGGCCCAAUUAUGAUCGACGACAGAGGAAAUCGCGUUCCAACAUUUGUCUUCGAGAAUAUCUUAAAGAACGACACAAUYCCACUGAUGGAGCUUUGGUUUAAUGGUUCUGUGAAAAGAAACUUCGACACGUCGACCGUAUGGCCUGGAGGAGGUGUGAUAACUCCUGACGAUAACCCAAAGUGUGUAUUCAUUCCUUGUCCUCCAAAAGAUGUCAUAAAUUCAACUGCUCGGAACGCUAUCAUCACUGGUGUGGUCGUUGCGAUAUUUUUAAGCGUGUCUGCUCUGAUAUUUUAUUGCAGAAAAAGAAAAUAUGAAAACGAACUUUUGAGCAAGGCAUGGAUCAUUGAUUAUAGUGAGAUUUCGCCGGUCAAUCUAGACGUUCGCUUUGCUAGUAAGGUUAUCAGAUACUGCGACGAUACUAUGUCCAAACUAUCGAGGCUUUCUCAAACACAGACCCCAAAUCCACUUUCAAGCAACUUUGGUCAGUACAAGAACGAUUUUGUGGCACUAAAACGACUCCGCAAGGACAAUCUCAGUCUGUCACGUGACAUGCUCAUCGAGAUGAAACAGGUGAGGGAUGUUAACCAUGUGAACCUCAUUCAAUACAUUGGUGUGUGUUUAAACCCCUUUCAUAUAUGCAUCGUCUCACAGUACUGCCAUAGAGGCAGUCUACAGGUAACUUAUGUUCAUUCAAUAAGUUUAGCAUACAAAUAAAUCAUGUCCUUCUCUAYGCAGGGAAUGCAAGCGAUACAUAGCAGUUCUAUUCAUGUCCACGGGAGCCUGCGCUCAUCSAAGUGUUUGAUUGACAACCGUUGGGUGUGUAAAAUCGCUGACUAUGGACUGAAUCUCAUCAAGGCCAAUCAGAAGAAAGAUAUUGAAAUAGGCUCCCACGCUGCAUAUACUAAGUUAUAUUGGAAAGCACCAGAGCUUCUAGAUGGCUUUCAAAGCGGUAAAGAAGCAACGAGUCAACUUGGCGAUGUUUACAGUUUUGGCAUAAUUCUAAACGAGCUCAUAACAAGAGAAGAACCCUAUUCAUGUACAGAUCUUUCACCUAGAGAUGUWAUCGCACGGAUUUGCAGUCGAACAAAGCCCCCAUUUCGACCUCAGAUUCCAAUGUACGUAUCAAACAUUCCCAUGAUCGAACUGAUGAAAAUGUGUUGGGCUGAUAAUCCACACGACAGACCGACUUUUAGUGAAAUUAAAAAUAAACUUCGAGUCAUGAACAAAGGAAAACACUCGAUUGUUGACAACAUGUUACGAUUGAUGGAGAACUACACCGACCAGCUUGAAAACAUCGUGGAAGAUCGGACAAGACAAUUAGCUGAAGAGAAAGCCCGUACCGAUCAGCUACUGCACAAAAUGCUMCCAAGGUCUAUAGCAGAAUUAUUAAAACAAGGACAGCCAAUGAUYGCUGAGAGUUUUAAGUCUGUUACCAUAUACUUCAGUGACAUUGUAGGAUUUACUUCUCUAGCAGCUAUAAGCACACCUCUACAGGUUGUGCACUUUUUGAACGAUUUAUACGUGAACUUCGACACCAUUAUAGACUCCUUCAACGUUUACAAAGUAGAGACAAUAGGAGAUGCUUACAUGGUUGUUUCUGGGCUUCCUGUGCCUAAUGGUAACAAACAUGCUGAGGAAAUAGCRACAAUGUCCCUACAACUGCUCAAGUCAAUCAUGGACUUUAAGAUAAGACAUCUGGAGAGUAGAAGGCUUGAAAUAAGANAUAAUGUUCCUAUAGGUCCAUGUGUUGCUGGUGUUGUUGGUCUAAAAAUGCCUCGAUAUUGUUUGUUUGGUGACACAGUGAACUACGCAUCAAGAAUGGAAUCAAGUGGCGUGUCCAAUCGUAUUCAUGUUAGUAGUGAAUGUAAAAACGCUCUAGACAAUAUUGGUGGAUGGAUGUUUGAAGAACGCGGUGAAAUUGAGCUAAAGGGAAAAGGAACUGUAGUGACAUAUUUUCUAACCGGAAAAAGUGGACUCAAAGACCUGUAACCAGUUGCUUAAGAAAGACUGAAAUAUAUCGCACUUUGCUGUAACUAAAAGAGCUGACAUUCGAUAAAAGUAGUUUUAUAAUAAAAUACAAUUGUAUCAUAGGUUAGCGUAGUACGCAUGAGUUUUUUUUAAACAAAUAUGUUAUGAACGUUUUAGUACAAAUUGCCAACUUAAUCUGAUACUGAGCCACACUUGCUCAUACUUUACUGUCUUUACUUCCAACCUAUAUCAUUCUAUCGGUAUUACUUCUGUGCAUACAAUAUUUUUGCAUAUAUUUCAUCGUAUAAAGUUGUAAAUAAAAAAAGAAACUGACGAAUAUUUA